CCAGGUUAGAAUUCUAGAGACGUUUAAUGGGAGAGAGCAUUGGACAGGACAGUGGAUCCCCGAGCUCCCCUUUCAUAGCACCCCAAAACACUCAUAUUGCUCUGUCCUAACCUGACCCAUUGAACUACCUUCCAACACUCUCAAUCCACCACUUUAUCAUGUCCACUUCCGACACUCAACAAUGUAUACCCCCGCCUCCAUUCGACCAAGAACCGAUAACCCUAUCCCUCCCCAGCACGCACCCUCUCCCCGCGAAGGAACCCUCGCGCAGCCGCCAGCUGACCACCUACCUCACCCACUCCAUCCGCGAGGACCUCACCCUCGAAGCGCAGCUGCUCCUCCUCUCCUUCGCCAUCGGCAUCCAAGACGCCGCCGCCUGGCGGGACUACGGCUGCUUCGCCUCCAACCAAACAGGCAACCUCCUCUUCCUGGCGAUCGGGGGCGCCGGUCUCGCCAGUGCAGGGGAUUACUCCUUCCGGCAUCUGGGGAUGAGCCUGGGCGCGUUCGUGGCAGGGGGACUGGUGCUAGGCCAGCUGGGGAACUGGCUGGGCGCCGUGCGGCGGCGCUGGUGGCUGCUGGCUUCUAGCCUGCUGCAGACGGGGAUGGUCUUGGCCGCGGCGGGGAUGUGUCGUCCACACCCUUACCCACCAUCCCAAUCACAGGCUCACGAGGUAGGGCAGGGAGAGGAAGAGGCAACGACGCUGGCGACGUUGUUCCUGCUGGCGUUCUCGUCCGGGGCGCAGGUGGCCAUGGGCCGGGCGCUGAAGAUCACCGACAUCACGACGGCGAUGGCGACGGCGGCGUAUGUGGAUGUGGUCAUUGAUCCAGAUCUGCUGAAAUGGGGAAAUCGGAAGAGGAAUCGCAGGGUCCUGUUUUUGGGCUUGUUGACGGCCGGGUGCUUUGUCGGGGCGGCGGUGGAGAAGGUCGCGGGCUCGUGGGUUACGCUGCUGGUUUGUGCGGGGUGUAAGGCUUUUGUUACACUGGCUUUUCUUUUUACCCCGGGGGUCGAGGAGGGGGGAUGA